AUGUAUCUACAUCUUUUGGUUCUCCCAAUUCUGAUCAACGCCAACAUAAUCAGCGAUGUCGAGAAUAUCACCCAAGAAAUCGGCCACAUCUUUGUGAAGUCUAUGAACACAGCGAGUGAAGCUGCAGAUGCUGUAGAUGAUGUUCAAGCCAUUCCUCAAGUCUUCAGACAUGUUCUAGACAUUAUUAAGGAGAUCAAAAAUGCCAUAAUCUAUGAAUCCGAAGUGCGAACGAUAGCUGGAAAUCUAACAUCAGCCUUCAAAAAUGUUACAAGUGUAGAAGAUCUAUCCAAGAUUUUCAGCGAUAAAAUUGGGCUUCAACAUUGCGACGGAACUACCAAACAACUUGCUCAUUCAGAUAUUUUUGAGAAACAUCAGGAGCUAGAUGAAAGAUUGAAUUUGAACGUGGCGGAAUUAAAUGUGACCGAAGAAUCGAAAAGCUUUAAUUGUUUGCUGGUUGCGAUGGGAGAUUUUGAGGGAAGCGUUGGAGUUCGUGGAAGUCUUCAGGAUGAUGGAAGUUGGAAGAUUGAUUUGAUAAGGCAAAAUUGUUAG